AGCAUCGCCAUCCCUCCCUCCCUCCCUCCCUCCCUCGCUCUUACCCCUAUUCUCCCUCCGCACUUCGCACUGUUGUCCUCUAUUUCUCGCGCUCUCCAAUCUACUUCUACGCAACCACCACUGACGACUGAGAAUAGCCCCUAAAGCAAUGCUCAGGUCGUUUAGAUGACAACCACCAGUCCGCAGUAACGACAUCCCCCGUUCCUUCUUCGCUGCACCUUUUCCAUUCUCCAAACUCUCGACUCUUGCUCCGUCCUCUCUCCUUUUCCUUCCACGGAGGAGCCCAAGGGCGAUUCCUGCAACCUCUCUCUCUCUCUCUCUCUCUCUCUCCCUAAACUAUGUCAUGAAAUCCUUCCCGUUUGUAAUUCUCUCUCUCUGUCUUGAUUCCUAACUCACAACUUGCUGUCCGCUGUUGGAUCCCGCUCCUCCUCUUCAUCAUAUCUCUUCCCCUUGGUUUUUCUGCUCUGCUAAAUUUUCUCGCUCCUGAAUACUCGCUCGUUUUGGUAUAUGCGAACCCGCCACUCGCCAUGUCUUUCCUCUCCACUGAUCUGGUGCAUGAAUGGAGUGCUCCUCUUCUCGUUCAUGGUUCUUCUGUGGUCAGCAGCAGUAUCAGCAGCAGCACUGGCACCACUUCCUGCAGCUUUAGACCCAAUCUGAGAAGCGGGAGGUUGGGACUGCUGAAAGCUCAAACUACUGAGAACGUACUUGCAGCUCUAACCGGUUCAGCACUGCACAACGAAGGUUAUAAAGUGACGGGAGGCAGUUCUAGGUCCACUGUAAGAUGUAAGGGUAUGAAUGGUGCACAUGUUAGUCGCGCCGAUAUCAAUAACAGAGCUGUAGUCGGACUCGAUUCUAAGGACCUCCAGGAGAGGCCCUCAUUAGCACAAAACGGCGUUCCCACUGUCGAUCAAUUCCUAGAAAUUGAUGCAAACGAAAAGUCUGUUGACAUUGGGGAAGGAUUUGCAACAAUUGAAGAAGCAGUGGAUGCCAUCAAGGCAGGCAAGUUUGUGUUGGUCGUGGACGAUGAGAAUAGAGAGAACGAAGGGGACCUCAUUAUGGCAGGCUCACUUGUAACGCCGCAAGCAAUGGCGUUCUUGGUGCGGUACAGUACCGGCAUUGUAUGUGUGUCUAUGAAAGGCGAGGAUUUGGAUCGACUUGGUCUCCCACUGAUGGUCCCUCAAGAUGAGAAUGGCGAGAUUAUGAGGACUGCUUUCACCUGGACUGUGGACGCAAAGCAUGGGACGACAACAGGUGUGUCAGCAUCAGAUAGAUGCCAGACGAUAAGAGCAUUAGCAUCACCAGAUUCGACUCGUGGAGAUUUUGUUGCACCUGGUCACAUCUUUCCUCUUAGAUGUCGAGAGGGUGGGGUGUUGACCAGGCGUGGGCACACCGAAGCAGCACUAGAUUUGGCGGUACUAGCUGGGUUACCUCCUGCAGGAGUCUUAUGUGAGGUUGUCAAUGAUGACGAUGGCUCAAUGGCUCGCCUUCCAUAUUUAAAGAAGUUUGCAAAGGAGCAUGGAAUACUUUUAAUAUCAAUCGACGAACUUGUCAAAUACAAAGAGGAACGCAAUAAAAAGGUUUUGGUCAAACGGACAGCGCAGGCAAGACUUCCCACCGAGUAUGGGGAGUUUCAGGUUUACAGUUUCGAGUCAAAUGAUGGCUUGGAACAUGCUGCUAUUGUUGAGGGCGAUAUAAGCAGUGGGCUGGAAGUUUACGUGAGAGUACAUUCAGAAUGUUUGACUGGUGACGUGUUUCGUUCUACCCGUUGUGAUUGUGGUAGCCAACUGUCGGAUUCUUUGUCGUUCAUAAAGAAAAUGGGCAGAGGUGUUGUGGUUUACAUGCGAGGGCAUGAAGGUCGGGGAAUUGGGCUUGGCCAUAAAAUGAGGGCUUACAACUUGCAAGACGCUGGCGCUGACACCGUUGAGGCAAACCUUCAACUUGGACUUCCUGUUGAUUCACGGGAAUAUGGUAUCAGUGCCCAGCAGAUAUUGCAAGACUUGGGGAUCAAGACCAUCACAUUACUCAGUAACAAUCCUGCCAAGGUAACGGCUCUGAAGGAGCUUGGGAUUCGGGUCAACGAGCGCAGGUCGAUAUUCUCUCCGGUGACAAAAGAAAACCGACGGUACCUGGAAACUAAGCGCAUCAAAAUGGGACAUAUGUAUACUUCGAGGUUGCCAGCCGUGGGGUCAACGAAUGAAGUUGACAUUACGGGUAUUCUGAACAAUAACGACUUAGAUUGAACAACUUAGCAUGUUCAUUUUUUCUUAGAGCCUUUUUCUUAUAUGUUAAAUCUUUGUAGAUUUACUUGUGUUACAUUUUGCCUGGAACAUUUCCAGGUUUACUUGAAUUGGAAGCUUUUAUCAAAACCGAAGUCGAGCAAUGAAACCAUGCACACACGUAGUGUAGUGGGCAAAGUUGCCAAAAAGGAGUGAGGUCGCUUGCUUGCAUCAAGAAGUGUCUGAGCAUCCUAAAUAGAUGAUCUAAUUAGCAGUCCAAUCACUUUUUUGAUACGUCUUACAAUUGUGUUACCUUCAAGAUCACUGUAUGAUUUUUUACAUUUAAUAAUUGAAACCGAGUGUAUAUUUCACAUUC